GGGCAGAAACGGGCUCAGUCCGCAUUGAUCAGAUGACGAGUGGACCGCACAGGAACGAGUAAAUACAUCGCACCAUGCUGCCUGACAAGGAUGGUCCCGGUGUCGGAGGCGGACACAGCUCUCCCGGGGGAGAGGAUCUCUCUGUGAGUCUGUUCAGAGAGUACCUCCGUCUCAAAACGGUGCACCCAGACCCGGAUUACGAUGCUGCUCUUCAUUUCCUGGACAAAAUAGCAGAGGAGCUUGAGCUACCUAUUAGUAAGAUUGAGGUUUGUCCAGGCAGAGUUGUGGCGAUCAUGACAUGGGAGGGGACGAACCCAACCUUGAAAUCCAUUUUACUGAAUUCCCACACAGAUGUCGUUCCUGUUUACCAGGAACAUUGGAAAUAUGAUGCUUUCAGUGCUUUCAAAGAUGCCGAGGGCAACAUUUUUGCCCGGGGAUCACAGGACAUGAAAUGUGUAACUAUACAGUACAUCCAGGCAGUCCGAAGACUGAAGGCAGAGGGACGGAAACUGAUGCGCACUGUGCACUUAAUGUUUGUUCCUGAUGAAGAAGUUGGAGGUCACAAGGGGAUGGAAACAUUUGUGAAGCAUCCGGAGUUCAACAAAUUGAACAUUGGCUUUGCGCUUGAUGAAGGUCUGGCAAACCCUGGUGAGGCCUUCACUGUGUUUUAUGGAGAGAGGAACCCCUGGUGGAUUACAGUCCACUGCCCAGGCAGUCCAGGACAUGGGUCCAGGUUUGUGGAGAACACAGCUGCUGAGAAGCUGCGCCAAGUCAUAAACUCCUUCCUGGACUUCAGAGAGAAGGAGAAACAAAGACUAAAUACCAGUGAGUGUUUCACGCUUGGUGAUGUCACCACAGUCAAUAUGACCAUGGUCAAAGGAGGCGUAGCCUACAACGUCAUCCCAGCUGAUAUGGACGUCAGUUUUGACCUAAGAAUACCGCCUAAAGUAAAUCUUCAGGAGUUUGAAAGACAGAUCAAAAAGUGGUGUACAGAAGCAGGAGAAGAUGUCACUUACAAAUUUGCUCAGAAAAGUAUGAACCAAAAAUUGACUUCUACAGCGGAGAAUGAUCCUUGGUGGAGCGCCUUCAGUGCAGCCUGCAAGGCAAUGAACUUAACUCUGGAAAAGGAGAUAUUUCCAGCUGCCACAGAUAGCCGUUUUAUCAGAGCAGUGGGUAUCCCUGCUAUCGGCUUUUCCCCGAUGAACCGGACACCAAUCCUGCUGCACGAUCACAACGAAUAUCUGAAUGAGCGAGUCUUCCUGAAAGGCAUCAGCGUGUUCGAGAGGCUCAUCUCGGCUCUUGCCAGUGUUCCUGCCUUUCCUGAUGAGGCUUAGACAUGUCUUGAUUCUUAUUCUCUCUAAAAACGUAUUUCACAGAUGAUCUGAAUAUUUAACUUGAACAUUUUGCAGAGAUUACCAAAGAAUAAUAAAAUGUAUAUCAUGAAGCCAAACUGAGCACUUAGCCGAUGGUACUAUUGAUUUUAUUGUUUUUGAUGAUUCUCAGGAUAUAGGCACAGUAAGCUUUGCAUUACUCAGUACUGCAGCACAUUAUUGAUUGAGUGUGCCUGUGCAGUCUUAAGGCUAUAUCACCUGUUGUGUACACAAUGUUUUCCUUAUGGAAAAAACUACUUACUAAAAUGUGAAGAUGACUUUGAUUAACUCUUUGAUCAAACAUCAUUUAAUUGCCACUUUUUAAAGUUAGCUUGAUUUUAAAAUUAUGAUUCCACAUCUAUAAUUUUAUUUAAUAAACUGGAGUUUAAUUAA